AUGCUGUCGUCGCGCCUCUUGCGGCAGCCAGCAUGCCAAUGGCUCUCGCGCACCUCUAUGCCCUCUCGGCCUCCAAUAUUCUCCAAGCCAACACGCGCCUUCCAUGCUUCGACCCCGCGACAAGGUCCCGUCGCCGAUGCCCUCCUGUACCUUCCCCACGAGCUCAUGUCGCUCGUCCACGCCACCGUGCCAUGGUAUGCUGCCAUACCCCUCACCGCCUUCCUUGUUCGCGGUCUUCUUGUCACUACAGCUGGAGCCUACUCGCGCGCCCUCAUGGCACGGUAUAUUGGUCUCCAUCCGCUCCGACAAGCGCUUGCUUUUCAGAAACGUGACGAGAUAUUAAAGCGUGGUAACUUCCGAACCAUCAAGCAGGCCAAAUUAACGGUCAAGAAAGAAGUAGAUGACACGAUAUCGGCCUUGGACAAGAGGUGGAAUGUCAGUCUACGUGGCCAAAUUAGUUGGACCUUGUUCCAAUUUCCCAUAUUCAUCGCUAUGGCUGAGGUCAUACGGCAGAAAUGCGGCGCCCAUGAUGGUCUGAUAGGUAUGGCGGUUGCGGCCAUUAAUGGCCAAGGUGCAACCAUGACGAACGAAGCCGGUGAAAUUGUUAGACGUGUCACAUCUACUGCAUGGUUCGAGCCUUCGUUGGCAGCGGAAGGCAUACUCUGGUUCCAGGAUCUACUUGUUCCGGACCCCACGGGGGCUCUCCCGUUCAUCGCAUCUGGUAUCAUGUUUGCAAACAUCUAUACUACGAAAAACACUGUCGAAAGCGACGGAUCUCGGAGGUGGCCUGGUGUGCUUCGGAGGACUUUACUUUUUGUUUCUCUAUUAAUCGGCCCUCUGUGCCAAGACCUUCCUGCGGCAUUGAUGCUGUACUGGUCAUCAAGUACAGCUUCAGUCAUGCUAUGGAAUCUCUGGCUGGAUCGGAAAUAUCCUGCACCACGAGGCUACACAGCAUGUAAAAGGCCGCUUCUCAUGCCGCCAUCACCUGUGUCAGAAGGACGGAAGGUGCUUAAGCUGUCGCCACAAACACCCUAUUCGCCGAAGUGA